CGCCGCGCUCCAAAGAAGGGAGGCCCGAGGCGGCGCGCUCGACGUGGCGCGCGCUGCCCACCACCCCACCUCGCGUCCCGGAGGCCCGCACGCACCCAGGAGCUAAGGUGUCCGCCGGGGUUGCAGCCCUAAGGCAGAAGAACUGGGGGAGUAGGGUCGCCGCCUGCCUCACCUGGAGGAACUAGAAAGGCGUAAGAGGCAGCCCCCGGUCUGCUGUCCUCAAGACCUCCAGACAUGUCCGAGGUGAAGAGCCGGAAGAAGUCGGGGCCCAGGGGAGCCUCCGCGGAGCCUGGGAAGAGGAGCGAGGCCGGGAAGAGCCCCGAUGCUCGGGGCAGUGGAGGCGGGGGCUGGGCGGACCCCCGGACCGGCGUUAGCCUGCUGUCGCUGGGGACGUGCCUGGGCCUGGCCUGGUUUGUAUUUCGGCAGUCAGAAAAGUUUGCAGAGGUGGAAAACCAAUACCAGUUACUGAAAAUGGAAACCAAUGAAUUCCGAGGGCUUCAAAGUAGAAUCAGUUUAAUUUCAGAAAAGCUUGAGUCUACUGAAAGUAUCCUGCAGGAAGCUACAUCAUCUAUGUCUUUGGUGACCCAGUUUGAGCAGGAAGUAUCCAGCCUCCAAAGUAUCGUUCAUGACAUUCAAAAUAGUGAAGAGAUGCUUGCUCAAAAGAUGCAAAGCCUUAGUGAGAAAUUCCAGAAUGUUACAGACUUCUGGAAGAAAAGCCUAGAAGAAAUGAAUGUUAAUACAGAUAUUUUCAAAUCAGAAUCAAAACAUAUACACUCUCAAGUCACUGUCCAAAUAAACUCAGCUGAGCAAGAAAUAAAAUUGCUCACUGAAAGGCUAAAAGAUUUGGAGGACAGCACGCUAAGAAAUAUCAGAACAGUAAAAAGACAAGAAGAAGAGGAUCUUCUGCGAGUAGAGGAGCAGCUUGGCUCCGACACAAAGGCAGUUGAAAAGUUAGAAGAGGAACAGCAUGCUCUCUUUGCCAGAGAUGAAGACCUGACCAAUAAACUUUCCAGUUACGCACCCAAAGUCGAAGAAUGCAAGACGCAUUUGCCCACAAUUGAAAGUGCUAUUCGCUCUGUUCUCAGGGUCUCUCAGGAUCUGAUAGGGACAGAAAAGAAAAUGGAAGAUUUGACCCUUCAGAUGUUUAAUAUGGAAGAUGAUAUGCUGAAAGCAGUGUCUGAAAUAAUGGAGAUGCAGAAAAUCCUUGAAGGAAUUCAGUAUGAUAAUAGCAUAUUAAAGAUGCAGAAUGAACUGGAUGUUCUAAAAGAAAAAGUUCAUGAUUUUAUAGUACAUUCAAGUACAAGAGAAAAGGGAACUCCAGCAGAGUAUAAUCUAGAAAAUAAAGGAAUGGAUAGUGAUUUUUAAAUGCACUACAUUUAUUCUGAUGAACCACAUUAUUAUACAGGGACUGAUUAGUUCCCUGCUUUUGUGCUAUUGUGAUAUGCCUCACUUUAUCCUACAUUAUUGGAAAAUAAGUGAGAUGUCCACUCAAAAGGAUUAUCCAGAGAGUAGAAGUUUUUUUAAGCAAUAAAACUUUUCAUCUUAACCAUUUUAAAUAGAAAUAUUUCUAAAAGAUGUAUUUCUUUACCUUUUAAGGCAGUAACUUAGUAUUUUUCAUGUUUUCUAAUAUAAUAGAUGUCAUGAAUUUCACCUAUUACAUUGAACUGAAAGAUAUGAGUAUCUCUAGGGGUUAUUGAGGGGUGUUUACCUCCUCACUAAAUGACACCAGUUGCUAUUUUUCAAAUCUAUGUCUAUUUCUUAUACCUUUCCUGCCACCUGAAAAAGUGACUCACUGACCUGAUCUUAAUGUCAGGCUGACCAGUGAUGUGUUUGCCUCAGCCUGUUCUUCAUCUCCUUUGCAAUUUACUGCAGGCUAAGAAUCCAAGUUCACAGAAAUUUCACCUAAAAUAAAAGAUAACAUACAUGAAGGAGAGCCUGGGGCGCUUUGCUAUGAAGUAACAUGCACUUUUGAAAACCAUGGAGGCUGGGAAACUUUUUACUUUUUGUUAGGAUUCUAAACUAUUAUCGAUGCUUGUAAGAAAUUUUUUAGAGUAAACACAGUCUUUUUUUUUUUAAUCUGGUUUACAGUGUUCUGUCAAUUUUCUACUGUACAGCAAGUGACCUGUUACACAUAUACCUUCCUUUUUCUCACAUUAUCAGGCUCCAUCAUAAGUAAACACAUUCUUUUUGAAGCUUUUCCCUGUGAAUUAUGUGUGUAUCCUUUAAGUAUGGACUUUGGGAAUAUCUUUGCAUACCUAGGAUUUUUUUUAUUUUUUUAUUUUUUGGUUCUAACUGUGUUACAGACUCGAGUUUGCUAUGUACAUGAUGUCUAGAUACAUUAUUCUACUUAAAAGUACACCAAUAAUGUGGCCUAUUUUAAAGAGGAGAAAGACGCACAAUGAGAAAUGAUGUGGUAGUCAUGGUCAUUAACAGUAUGUCAUUAUUUUAAGGAGUCCCCAAACUAAUUACCCAACCAAAUUUGUUUUACCCAGUUAUUUUAUUUUACAAAAAUUAUAUAAUAGAGUCACAAGGAUUAAGACAGACAUAUCAAGAGGACAUUAAGGGGAAGUCUAGCCAGAUUUUUGCAAAAAUGAUAAUCAGAAACAUGCAGGUUUGGGGGAGAACAUAAGACUUACUGGUUGGAGUUCCUGUUGUGGUGCAGCAGAAACAAACCUGACUAGUAUCCAUGAGGAUGCGGGUUUGAUCCCUGGCCUCGCUCAGUGGGUUAAGGAUCCAGUGUUGCCAUGAGCUAUGGUGUAAACACAGUUGCGGCUUGGGUCUGGCGUUGCUAUGGCUGCAGUGUAGACCAGUGGUUACAUCUCGGAUUCCACCCCUAGCCUGGGAACUUCCAUAUGUCUCGAGUGCAGCCCUAAAAGGCAAAAAAAAAAGACUUUUAUUGGUAAGCUGAUACAUCAAGAGGGUCCAAGGUUGAUAUUUGAAAACUGACUUAACUGCAUAUGGAAGUACUGUUCUUAUUUGUUUUUCUUGCUGUAACCAACUAUAGUCCCAGUUACAUAAUGCAGCUUCAGUGAAAUUAAAAACAGAGAACUUGAAAGCAGUCAGUUACAAAAGAUAGUUGUGCUCAGGUGGUUUUAUUAUGUAAAUUUGUACAUUUUGGGAAUUAGGCAGGCCUAUGGUAGACAGCCCUGGGUCAUAAAGGUGAGACUGAAAGAGUGCUAUUAUUAAGGGGCAUAUCAUUAAUUUCUGAAAUCUUAACAUUAAAUCCUUCUGAAUGUCUAAGUUCUUGUCUGUGUGCACUGACAAACCUAUUUCUUUGCUUUUAUUUUCAUGCUAAUAGAUUACUAAGUUAGCUGGAACUUUAUUUCAGCCUCCUUCCUGCCAGGGCAGAGGUGAUCUCUUGUACUCUUCACUUUUUUUUUGGCCUAUCACGGAUUUGAUACAUUAUUAACUAUGGUAUAUACCACAGUAAUGGUUACAGAAACUAAAUAGAAAAAAGGUGGCCCUUGUGCUCUCAUAGUGACAGUUACAAGAGAAACAAAAACUGCCCUUCCAUGAGUAUUUCAUGAGAAAAUGUUGUGUAUAUGUACACAUGUAUAUAUUCUUUUAUUCAGGGGUUUUCUAUAAAAAAAGUGAUAUUAGAUUUAGAUGUACCUGAUUGUCUUCCUCUGUUUCUUAAAUUCAUCUAACACAGAUACUUGAAAUUUCAAAAACACCCCUGUGUUAUCAAAUAUUAAAUUGCAUUGUUAGUCCUUCCUUUAAGGAAGAUUACCAUAUUCUAAAACAUAUUUUUGUACCUUUGUGGUCAAUAAUAAAUUGUACAUCAAUUUCUGAUAGA